AUGAAGUGGAACGAGAGUUUUUUGGUAAUUGGGACGCAAUUCACUGGUGGGGUUUUUCUGGGGAAUGCUUUGAUGCAUUUAUUGAGUGAUUCUAAUGAGACAUUUGGGGACUUGACUGAAAAAGAAUACCCAUUUGCAUUUAUGUUGCCAAGUGCUAGAUAUUUGCUAACUAUGUUGGCUGAUUUUGUUAUUUCUUAUGUUUAUGGGAAAAAGAAGAACAAUUUUGAUCCUCAAAUCCAAGGUAUAUCAUUUUUUUCUGUUCUUUGGUUGUUCCGGCAGAAGUUGUGGUGGUGGCGAUUUACGGUGAUGGCGGAGGACGUCGACACGUAG